AGCAGUAUAUUUUAUCACUUUAUCUGGCAUUUCUAAUUACCAACAAAAUGGCUUCCAGCCUAGUGUGUAAAGUUCACACCGUGGUCCUGUUUAGUGUUAUUGAUGCAUAUGAAAGAAGAAAUGAAGAUGCCAAAAGGGUUAUUGGAACCUUACUAGGAGUAUGUGAGAAGGGUGUCGUGGAAGUCACAAAUUGUUUUGCUGUUCCUCACAAUGAAUCAGAUGAUGAAGUUGCUGUCGACAUUGAAUAUGCUAGAAAUAUGUUUGAGCUUCACAAAAGAGUGAAUAAUAAUGAAACAAUUGUUGGUUGGUUUUCAACAGGCUCAGAAGUUUCAGUACAUUCAGUGCUUAUCCAUGACUAUUACUCUAGGGAAGCGAAAAAUCCUAUUCACCUUACUGUAGACACAUUCGUUAGAGGGGGCAAAAUGGGAAUAAAAGCCUAUCACAGCACAUCAAUUGGUGUUCCGGGCAAAACAACAGGUACAAUGUUUACCCCGGUGCCAGUUGAAAUUGUUAACUAUGAACCUGAACAAGUUGGAGUUGAAGUCCUUCAAAAAGGAAAGUACAAUUCCAAGCGACUUGUCAAGCUGAAUUCUGAUCUGAGACAGGUUGAGAACCUAUCAGUCUGGCUUAAAGACAGCCUUGUACAUGUUAUACAAUAUGUUGAUGAUGUUUUGUCUGGAAAGUUGCCAUCUGACAAUGUUACAGGGAGAUUCCUUCUUGAUCUAGUUACUGGUGUACCACAUAUUGAAGCAGACAAAUUUGAAGAAAUGCUUAAUGCCAACAUGAAGGACUUGUUGAUGGUGGUAUAUCUGGCCAAUCUAACCAAGACACAGCUUGCACUGAAUGAGAAAUUGAGCACACUGUGAAGCUCCUAACACUGUAAAAUAGUCAUAAGUUAAACAUACAAUUUGAGAAUAAAAUAUGCUUGCGCAGCCUGCAA